AUGGGUAGCAUCUCAGCCGAGAUCCGAGAUUACUUCCGUGGCUUUGAACGUUCCGAAUUGAGACGAAAUUACGAAGUGACGCGGUCGAAAACGGUCAUUGAUGUAGAAGAGGAGAAUACUGUGCGGUCGUCAGGCGAUCCCGUUGGGCAACAGUCAUCAUUUGUAGCCGAUGCACUACCGGCAUGA